AUGUCAAAGGUUGCACCUGUGGUUGCGCUAUCCCACGGCGGUGGUCCCAUGCCUCUUCUCGGCGACCCCCAGCACAAGGACAUCGUCUACUCCCUCAAGAACCGCGUCCCCAAGAUCCUCAAGCUCGGCACUCCAGAGCAGCCCCGAGCCAUCAUCCUCGUCACCGCGCACUGGUCUACCUCGCACCCUACCAUCUCUUCAGGCUCAUCUCAUAAACUGUACUACGACUACUACGGUUUCCCUCCUGAAACGUACUCUCUCAAGUACCCGGCGCCUGGAAAUCCAGAGGUUGCGCACGAAGUCGCCGAUGCUCUACGUGCAGAGGGGUUCACCCCUGAGCUUGACGCCGAGCGAGGAUGGGAUCACGGCGUGUUCGUUCCUAUGCUGCUCGUCAACCCCAAGGCCGACGUCCCCAUAGUGCAAGUCUCAGUGCUCGAGUCCGAAGACCCAGAGGAGCAUCUCCGCAUGGGCGCAGCGCUGGGCAAACUGCGCGCCAAAAACAUUGCCGUCGUCGGCUCCGGCUUUGCGAGUUUCCACAACAUUCGCACCAUGAUGGCGAUGGGUAGCGCAGGGCCUGAACAGCGGGCGCAGUUCCGCACAUUGUCUGAUCAAUGGAGCAAUACCCUGACUGACUCUGUUCUCAAGAAGGAUCUGGAUGAACGCUGGAAGGCCCUCAAGGGCUGGAGGAAGUUUCCCUAUGCUGAUAUGAUGCACCCGCCAAGAGCAGGGGAGCAUUUCAUGCCAUUGCUUGUAUGCGCGGGUGCGGCGAGUGAUGGUGAGGAGACGAGGAAGUAUAGUGAUGAGUAUGUUGGAGUUGAGAUUAGCACGUUUUACUGGGGAUCUGAGGAUGAGAGCAAGCUGUAG